UCCGCCAUCUUUGUCGGCUACCCAUUGUUCACCGUGGAGCUAACAGCGGCGAUAAACUAGUUCGCAAUAAAAUAACUUGACAGUGUCACCGGCAGCUGCCCGCGACAGUCGUGGAUUUGCUCUCAGGGUUGCGACUUGUUUUCGGCCUGCGAGUGAAACAGAAUGGACGAUGACCAGCCCAAAACCCUGUAUGUGGGAAAUCUGUCCCGGGAUGUGACAGAGGCCCUCAUCUUGGAGUUAUUUGGACAGAUUGGACCCUGCAAAAGCUGUAAAAUGAUAGUAGAUACAGCAGGUCACGAUCCGUACUGCUUUGUGGAGUUUUAUGAGCAUAGACAUGCCACUGCCACAAUCGCAGCCAUGAAUGGUCGGAAAAUUCUGGGUAAGGAAGUCAAGGUCAACUGGGCUACGACGCCAACCAGCCAAAAGAAAGACACAAGCAGUCACUUCCAUGUCUUUGUUGGAGAUCUAAGUCCUGAAAUCACCACAGAUGACAUAAAAGCAGCUUUUGCUCCAUUUGGGAAAAUAUCGGACUGUCGGGUGGUGAAAGACAUGGCCACAGGUAAAUCUAAAGGCUAUGGCUUUGUCUCCUUCUUCAACAAGUGGGAUGCUGAGAAUGCCAUUCAGCAGAUGGGAGGCCAGUGGUUGGGAGGAAGGCAGAUCAGGACCAACUGGGCUACAAGGAAGCCUGCUCCAAAAUCUACAAAUGAAACCACCAGUACCAAGCAGCUAUCUUUUGAUGAGGUGGUGAACCAGUCGAGCCCCAGCAACUGCACAGUCUACUGCGGAGGAGUGACAACAGGCCUCACAGAACAAAUUAUGAGACAGACCUUCUCACCUUUUGGCCAAAUAAUGGAAAUCAGAGUUUUCCCAGAGAAAGGCUACUCAUUUGUGAGGUUCAACUCCCAUGAGGCAGCAGCUCAUGCUAUUGUUUCUGUCAAUGGCACUUCCAUAGAGGGCUAUGUUGUUAAGUGUUACUGGGGCAAAGAAACAACGGACAUGGUCCAGGGCCCCAUACAGCAGGUACAGAUGGCACAGCAGAACACAGUGAGCUUCGCAGCGCAGCCCUAUAGUCAGUGGGGUCAGUGGUACAGUAACACGCAGCAGAUUGGUCAGUAUGUGCCCAAUGGGUGGCAGGUGCCGAGCUAUGGCGUCUACGGACAGACCUGGGAUCAGCAGGGCUACAAUCAUUUACAUGCUGGUGCUGGAUGGACAGGUGUGGGCGCCAUGAGCAAUGGAGGCAUGGUGGAGGCUGGGCAGGGCGUCAACGGGACUGUGCUAACCAACCAGGCCGGCAUGGGCACUGCUGGCUACCACACUCACUGAUCACAGCAUCCGUCUCUCUCUAAGGCACUGAUGCCACAAGGAUGAUACUCUGCUGGGGAAGGAGUGCAGUAGAAGUGCUCUGUCUGUCACCUCACCAAAUUACUCUGCUAAUGAAGCUGGUAUGCCAUUUUUAUCAACCUUACCAGCCCCAAACUUCACCCACUGCCCAAAUUUGCAAGUGUAAAGAUAACUAGCCACACUUUAACACUGUUAAAGCAACUGCUAAUGCACCUUGCAUUCCUGGGCCCAUUUUAUUGUUUGGUGUGUUAUUGGCCAAAUGUAAAUUCUCUGACUUCCCGAUAUUUCGAGCACAGCCACAGUUUAGUUUAAAAGGAACAUGUUCCUUGAAUUAGAUUUCUAUUCAAACAGCUGCUUUUUUUGGUUGUUUUCCAGCCCCUGAGAGCCAAAGAGCAAGGGCAGAAUUUUAUACCCAUAUUCAACAAUCGUGCAGGGCGAAAGAGGUGAUGAACUCAAUAGUUGAUAUAAUUGCAACACAGCUACAAGAUGUGUCUUGAAUAAGGGUAUAGUUUUUUUUGUUUUUUUUUUUUUUCCUUUCAAUUUCCCCUCUCAGUUGGAGCUCGAUGUCACUGUCAGUCUGUCAGCCGGUCGCUAAAGUAAAACACAAGUCCGAGCGAGUUCUCAGGGUGUUGUCGAGUCAUUCUGUGAAAUGUAGGAUAUCACUGAGUAGAAGGAGCCGGCAGGCUGAGGGAAGGAAGCGGAUGCAAAAAAAAAAAAAAAAGAAAAAAAAAA